AUGGCAGACGUUAUAAAUGCAAACCCUACCGUGCUGGAUGCAAGCUUGCUCCCCACACGGCACGGCGCAAUAGUGGAGAAAGACGAGCAGUCAGUAGUGCAUCAGGAGCUCACUGAGCUUUCGCUAGACGGAAUAACGUAUACCGAUAGUGAGGGCGAAUCUGAAGACGAAGGAUUCGAUGCACAGGAGAUUUAUGACUUGAUUUCGACAAUUUCUGACCCCGAACACCCGCUCACUCUUGGGCAGCUAGCUGUUGUGAAUCUCUCAGACAUCAAAGUUAUUGAUCCAAAGGAUAAGAAUCAAAUAGGAGAAGUGAUAGUCCGUAUCACACCAACAAUCACACACUGCUCUUUGGCCACUCUCAUUGGUCUCGGAAUCAGAGUAAGAUUGGAGCGUUGCCUGCCUCCAAGGUUUAGAAUAUUAGUCUUACUGAAGGAAGGCAGCCAUCAAAGCGAAAACCAGGUGAAUAAACAGCUGAAUGACAAAGAAAGAGUCAGUGCUGCUUGCGAAAAUGACCAACUGCUCAAGGUGAUUAGCCACAUGCUAGCUACUUGCGCUUGAAGGGAUAAGGAUAGUGUAAAUUACGCAUGUUACUUACGAGUUAUGGUGCGCGAAUAUGAAGGAAGAUUUAGCAUAUAUAAUCGCAACGUUGGUGACUGAAACAUGGAUUGCUCCCGACCUGAGACUCCGCCUUCUUCAGGAAAAGUGUUUCAUCUAGG